UUUUCUCUUCCUGCGGCCUCUGCUCUGUUUUCACGUUACUGGUGCUGUUGCGCAAGAAAGAAGGCAGAUCCGGCAGAGCAUCACGCGGCUCACGGUGUGCGGAGACUUGGGCUGCCGAGUUGGUAGUACAACGUGAAAAAACGCUAAACAGAGGAACACUCGUGGACAGACGUUCCUCCGCAGAACACAGUAACGGGGCCGGUGCAGAUAUUGUUGCUUUUGCUACUGUUUUACUGUAAUUGACCGCGAAGCGUCCAUGUGAGGAGAGCAAAAGUGUAAAAUAAAAACGGCAGAUCAUUCCCGGUUUCGGAAGCGAAGAAAAAAGGUCAUCAAACAGUCUUUUUUUCCGCGCUCCUCUUGGCCAAACCCUUGGCGGUACCGCGUGUGCGACGGCUGGCACAACACCGUUGACGAAGACGAAAUCGGCGGCGACGGUGGACGCGUUGAGUUUCUUGUUGCUGCACUUCGUUAUCCGUGUGUGGUUCCGUGUGUUGUUUUGCUUGCUUUUUUCGUCGGUUUUUCGGAAACGUGAAGGUAUUUUUUGGCCAGUCAGAAAACAUCCAGUUGACCGACCGUUUCGCAGGUUUUGGGAUAUUAGUAAACUUUGGCUGCAAUUACCCCGGUAAUGAGUUGCAGCAGCGAGAAGGGGCUCUUCGGAGGUAAUGAGACGUGACUUGGGUUGAACCAUUUGUGCGCGGGGGAAUGUGCAGACGUUAGCCUGCGUGUGCGUGUGUACGUGCAUUUCUGUGACAAUCGUGAAAGUCUGAACGACCGGCGUUUGACCGCAACAAGCGUAGACCGGCACUAAGAAACAAGUGAGUGAGAGAAAAAAUAUGUAAACAACAUUAGUGAACAAAAAAGUGUAAUGAUUAUUGUGUCAAUCUGUUGUUAUUUCCAUCGGCAAUCGAUUCCGUGCAAUAAUGUUGAUCGAUGGUUUGCCUCGGGGGGAAGAAGCUGAAAUCGAAUCGCAGCACCACCGCCGCCGGGCAGCCAAUGCUAUGGUUCAUUCAUAAAGCGUGAUUAAAUUAUACGUGACCAGCAGAAGUUGGGGCGCCAGCCAUAUACAAUUGGGAACGAAUUGACUACCGGUAGCUUUGAAUAGCUGAGAUUUUAUCACAUUCAACCCCUGGUUGGUUGAACUGCUAGUCGGUUUCGAAAUGCAAUCAGGAACAAAAUCAUUCGCUUGCAUGUUGGGUGAAAUUGAAUGUAGUUAGAUACGUUUGUCGUUUGGUUAAAAAUGUGUGCGCGACGUUUGUGACCAGUGUUACCAUUACUCGCAGAGCAGUUCAUUCCCACUAAUCUAGGUUUGCCGCGGUUUGUGCAAUUUCCGGCGACGGUUUGGGAUGAGUAGAAAUCAACCAAAAGCUAAAGCGAUAUUCGAAUGACGCAAUGAGCCUUUGGAGGCCAGCAAAAGUGACGGUGAGUUUUGUAAACAGCGACACAAGUAGCAGUAGUUGUGGUGGCAUUAGGCGAGAGUUCGAGAUAUGUAUCCGUGGUAUAGAGAAGCGCCGCUAAGUGUUGGACAGAUUUGCAGCCCCCUGGCAGGCGGGACGACCGGUUCGGCGACUAUCAAGACGGAAGUCGGCUAUAGUGAUUGUAUGCUGGAUUUUCACAGUAAGAAAGCGCCAUCCUCCUUUCCCUGGCUGUCAGACACGACCAACAAUAACGACUAUUCAAAGGCCAACAACAACAACCACCACCACCCGCACCAUCACCACCAUCACCAUCAUCACCACCCGAGCACCUGCCGCCAUCCGGAGGAUUCGAAGGUACCGCUGAACUGCAACAGUUCUCCACGAGCAGGACCGGGUAACGCCGGUAGUCACCACCCGUCUGCCUCGGAGGGAGCAACUCCCGACUCCAGCAGCACGACGGCGACGGCGGCGAUACCAAACUUCAACCAGAUGCCCGUACCGGGUUCGGUCCAGGGCCAGAAUCCCACCCAGGGACUGGUUCACUGGAUGAGCGCGGUAAUGGCGGAACAUAUGACAUCAAACUCGCACCACGAUCCUGCCGGUGUCGGGAUGCACUACAUGUGGAAUGGACCGAUGGAGCAAUGCGGUCAGCACACCAAAGACAUGGACUCGUACAGCGGAUGGCCGGCCCCGAGAAACCACAUGUCCAUGAAGCAAGGAUACGAGGCCAAAAUGAAUGCCGUCGAUCAUCAUCAUCACAAUAACCUGCAAAAAGGACAUAUGAUUGACGACGGCCGGCUGCUGGAUCACCAUGGAAUGCAAUCGGCAGCCCAGAUGAGUCAGUUGUACGGAGCGCGGGGUGCGACGAGCAACGGAUCUCCCGGUGGGCCGCACGUCCAUCCGAACGCGGCCGCCCUGCUGGUGGUGCCGCAGCCCAUCAACGCUACCAAGAUUGGUGCUGGGCUGCCGAAUGGGACCGGCCGGAAGUACCAGUGCAAGAUGUGUCCGCAGAUUUUUACAUCGAAAGCGGAUCUCCAAUUACACACGCAAAUUCACAUGCGCGAAGCAAAACCCUAUAAAUGUUCUCAAUGCAAUAAGGCAUUCGCCAAUUCGAGCUAUCUGUCGCAGCAUACCCGGAUACAUCUGGGCAUCAAGCCGUACCGGUGUGAAAUUUGUCAGCGAAAAUUCACCCAGCUAUCGCACCUACAGCAGCACAUCCGAACACACACCGGGGACAAACCUUAUAAAUGCCGACAUCCUGGCUGUUUGAAGGCAUUUUCCCAGCUGUCCAAUCUGCAAUCACACUCCCGCUGCCACCAAACGGACAAACCGUUCAAGUGUAACUCGUGCUACAAAUGUUUCUCCGAUGAACCGUCUCUCCUGGAGCACAUCCCGAAGCACAAAGAAUCGAAGCAUUUGAAGACUCACAUUUGUCAGUAUUGCGGCAAGUCGUACACCCAGGAGACGUACCUCUCUAAGCAUAUGCAGAAGCAUGCAGAACGAACCGACAAACGGCCUCCCAUCGGAACACGCAGCAGUAGUAGUACAUUGAACCAUAACACCACUACCACCGUACCACCGGUCAUGACGGGUGGUGAGAACCCCUACUGGCCCAAGGUAAGUCCAGAUUCGGCGGCCACCUUAACGGACGUCAUGCAGCAGCAGCAACAGCAACAACAACAACAACAGCAACAGCAAACACCCCAGCAACCCCAGCAGCAACCACAGCAACAACCGCAGAGUCACCAUGAUUUCAACCUGAACCAGCAAAACAAUGCCAACAAUCAAACUCCUAAUGGGCACAACCCAGGCGGCGAUCUGCACCACCAUCGCGAGGAAAACGUGGAAGACCUAGUUGUCGGUGGUCGACAGAAUCCAUCCAGCAUGAACGGAAACCUUUCGCUCCCACCGUCUUCGACGCCGAUGUCCACCGGCAGCUACGACACCGGUAGCAUAGCGAAAGCCACUUCGAACUCCGCAUUUACACCGAUCAACGCAAUGCCACCGCACGGUCUAAACAGCCUGCAGCAUCACCACCAGCUAGCACAACGACCCUAUCUGUACGAUGCGAUCAGCUUCCAGAACCAGAAAUCGAUCAACCAAAGUCCGUCGAACACGUUCCCCAAUCAGCUGAUUUCGUUGCACCAGAUCCGAAACUACGCCCACCAGCCGGCCGGUGGCUUGAUGGCGGGUGAGCACCUGCUGGGGGUAACCGUUGGAGCUGGCGGAAAGGACAAGGGUUAAACGGGGGCACGCCGGCUGCUUUCGGGUAGAGUUGCAUUUGACGCUAGGCGUCCGGUCGGUUUUUAUGAGACAGCGUGAAAUGUGAAAGGUUUUGAAUAGUACGUGUGGAAACAUGAGCAAUUUUGGUGCAAUAAGUUGAUACAAUAUUUUAUAUUGUUGUAUUUAUUGCGAUGUUUGAAUUUUGAGCUCACCUAGAAUGCAUCAUUCUAUACUUGAUUGAUGAGCAAAAUUAAUCAUUAUAAAUAUUUGAAUAUUGCUACCUAGAUUUCGUAUGACUAAUUGAAACAUGCCAUACGUAGAUUGUUUUUCUUUUCUGUGGUUAUACCACUUUUCAAAGUUGGUUUAAUUACAUAGAAAUACUAAAGACCGCCACAGAAAGUGAUAACGCAGUUUGAAAAUAAUGCAUGUUGAAUUUCUUUUUUUUUUUCAAAAUAGUGACUUUAAACACUGUUGCUGAUGAACAAAUUGAAUGGUUUGUGACCAGCUUUUAAAUAUCUGCUGGUUCUUUUGUCCACUGUAUUUUUAUUAUUCCGAUAUAUUAACUAGGUACACAAAAUUACGAAGAUAUAACUUUAUUUAUAGAUAAACAUUUCAAAAGGUCCUAUCUGCUUUCAUCGUUUUUCCAGGGCGUCUUUUCAUUUUGGUAAUGGUUCAGCUUUAGUAACUCUCCCAAGCGUGGUUUUUUGUUCAAAGGCUAGAUUGAUCCCUCCACUAUCAACUUGUUCAAAUAACCUGUCAUAAAAGCUGUUUAAUAAGUUGUGGUGGUUGAACAAAAGCGAUCGAUAAAAAAAUCGAUCAAAGCAGAUUUUUCUAGAUCGUCAGUAAUCGCUACAACGCUUAUUGCUUUUUGGUUUUAUGCUGGCAUUCUACUUGAGAGUGUUUUCUGGUCGCUGCUACUGCUUAUAAAUAUUACGUGCCAAUUUUCUUUUGACAUUGAAUUUCAAGUUCUUUCACUUUCAUAUCGCAAAAAGAAAACGAUCGAUAUAAGCGGAUAUGAACUUUGGGAUCGCUUUCUCUAAAAAUAUUUGGGCAAAAGAAAUGAAAAAGUAUAAUAGUUAAAUAACCAAUAGAUAUCGAUAAAAAUAACAAUGAUUAAUUUUGCAUGCAAAAUACCAUAAAAUGUCACUCUGAAUAGAAACAUUUUAUGAAAAGGCUGUAUUUGUACCCGUGUCAUCAUUUCCAGGCAUCAUUUUCCAGCUUCUACAUGUUACCUUCCGUACGAAACUACCAAUAUUUGAGCGUUUCGGACAUCAGUCCUCAUAUUCAACACGCCAAAAUUAUUUUAUUAAUAUUAACAUUGGGGAGUAUUUAAACAUUUUCGUCAGCUUUUUACGGUUUCUCAAAAACCGGAAGAUGCCACCUUGAAUAUUAAAAUAUAAAACAUCCAUUUCUAGUUGGUAUCGGUGCUACAGGUAUUGGGGAAUGUUUGAAAUUUUUUGAAUUUACACAAAUUAUCAGAAACCGGCAGUCGCGAAUUGGAAUUCAAAAUUAAGUUAGACAUAAAUUGAUUUUUCACGUCAUGUCAGCUUCGCAAAUAUCAAUAUUGAGGACAUUUUUUUUAAUACUUAAUGUGUAAACCUUUUGAUAAUUUUGUGAAGAACUUUGAUAAUCUUCGCACGAUAAGCAAAGAUAAUAACUACCCAACAAACAAUUUUGUUGAUUUACAGCUUAUUACAGCUUAUUGCUACUAGGCGGAUUUUACAAAAUUGUUUGUUGGGUAGGGACAGUUGGAAAUCGCAAUUUCGUGGAAGCCGCAAAAUUUACGAAAAUCUGCGAAUUACAGCGAAUUUGAUAAAAAACAGCAACAUUCUAUACGAAUCAUGAAAUAUUUAAAUUUGAAACCCGCGAAAUUCAUGAAAACUUAAGACAAGACGCGACAACUGGCUUCUUAUUUUUCAGUUUGUAACUGCCGCCAUCCCUGGAAUUUUUUUUUGCAACGUUACAGAACGUUAUUGCCAGUUUAAUUGUGUUUAACAACUUUUGCAAAUAAAAGAAAAAACAACGGAAUUCAACCGAAGAUUAAUAAUGAUAUGCCAAAAUUACGGAAAAAACUUCACCGACUGCACGAAACCAAACGUUUAGACUAAGUCUUGAAUACUUUUGCAUAUCAUUUUUGACAGCUAAAUUAUGAGUCGCUAGCAACACUGCGUUACAGUGAAAAACUAACCUCGUUGUAUUUUCGACGUAACGGUUGCGAUGUCAGAUUCAGCCAAUCAGUAGCUCGGUCGGAAUUGGUUUCAUAUAACGGUCACCAAUUGUCACUUCCUGUCCUAGAUGAAAACCAGCAACCUGUAUAACAUAGUUCCACCAAUUCAAUCGGUCUAUGGCAGCCUACCUCCAAUUCCGCGGGCACCUAGUGUCCUGCAGAUCGUGCUCCGUCUGGUUCACCACACUCGCUCUUUCGUCUUCUUGUUCCUACCAGAUUUAAAGCGAGCACCAAUUUUGCAGGGUAGCUAUCCCGCAUUCUACCUACAUGCCCUGCUCAACGUAUCCUUCCAGCUUUAGCCACUUUCUGAAUACUGGGUUCACCAAAGAAGCGCACACGCUCGUGGUUCAUCCAAAGCCUCCAGACUCCUUUCUCCUGCACACCGCCAAAGAUGGUUCUUAGCAUCCGACGUUCAAAAACUCCGAGCGUUCGCAGGUUCUCCACUAGCCUUGUCCACGUCUCAUGCCCGUAGAGAACGACUGGUCUUAUUAGCGUUUUGUACAAAAUACCCUUGGCGUGGAGACUUAUGUUUUGCGUCCGUGAUUUUUUAUGGAGUCCAUGUUUUAUUUAGAACUUGGCCGCAUACAAUUUUGAUUUCUCUAUGAGGAAAAACGUACAAAAUUGGUAAAAAUAUGUUUUUGCAGGGUUUUAUUAAACUUCAAGGAAAAAAUAGAAGAAAAACCAUUACUAUCUUCUAAAGAUACUUCUCCUAGUAAACUUCUCCAUUCAUGGUCCAUUGCUCAAGUGAUGAAAACUUUUGUCUUCUUUCCACAGCUACAGAUGGCUUGCCAAAUCAUCAACUUGCGGACGAAUUUAUCCGCGAAAACAAAUUUGAACCUACCUGGAGCAUUCCCCUUACGGUUAGUAAGGUAAAAUUUCCGACCCGGGAUUUAUUUAAAGUCCAUUUUGACGUAUGUUUCAUCGCCCAUCUAAAUACAGCCGUUGUACUAUGUCAGUACUUGCUCGUAUAGCUUUCUUGCUCGGGUUUUGGCAACCAGACCCUUACUAACACGCAGAGAAUCCAUCCACAGGAUACCUAUAACUCGGUGACGGAAUCGUGAAAGGAAUCGCAAACACGAUCCGGAGGAUUCCCACUCACGAUUCUUAUUUCAAGAAUCCUAGAGCCAUAUACAGGGCAUUCCUGAGGAUUCUUUUUCAGGAAUCCUUUUCAAGGACGCUCAGGAAUCCAAUGUGAGGAAUCCUAGAGAAUCUAUGCGAACCAUAUGUGUUCGUCCGGGGAUUCUGUUUCAGCGUCCUGUUGGGUUGUUUGCUGGUAUAAUACGACCGUAAUCCUUCACGCACACAGUUUCGACGAACUGUACUAUGUGCUGCAUUGAACCUUUUCGCCAAAUCACGGAGAAGAUUCCGGACUGCCCUGAUGACUUUCGCUCGUAGUUUCCGGUCUAAUGUUCCUUUUCUACGUUUGGUUCGUUUAGCGCGAUCCACCGUCAAAGCGUUCCGGUAACGUUUGAGCACGGUGUUCACAAUCGAUUUCGGUAGUUAGAGAACCUUGGCGAUCAUUCCUCCAGACCAUGUUGGAUUUUCAACGUAGGUGUGCACAAUUUUUUCCAGACUAUCUUGGAUAACUUUUCAACGCGUGUACCAAUCCUGAUGAAAUAUUCACUUCUAAGUAAACAAGCCUUCCAGAUCAAAACGCCGUCAUUAGUUUCUUGAUACGAUAACUUGAGGCGCUGCAGUAAAUAAAAGGAAACGGUUAGACACUGAAUGGAACAAACCUUAGUAGGCACGAUUUCCUCCGAUAAUACGCCUCUCAAUCUCCCGGCUGGUAACGAUAUUCUCAGUUACCAGAGAGACCUCGAACUCAUCCCCGUCGAUUGCUACCGUAUUGCCUACUAGUUUCCUGUCGUGCUCGGACCCGCCUACAAGCAUAUACUCUGUUUGAGACGUGUUAAUUUUUAAUCUGAUCCUAUCUGCUCUACGUUUUUGUCGGAUCUACUAAUCUGCCACCGCCUCAAAUUUGCCGUCAAUAUCCACGCAAAGAUUGAAAAUCGUGCCCCGCAAGUUAAACCCCGCCCGUCUCAUAACACCCUCCAGCGCCACAUUAAACAUUAGGAAGAAAACCCCUGCGAGACUCGAAGAAGUCCGACGCUCCACCCGAAAUCCCCCACAACACUUUACAUUUUUCAUCGUAGCAUUAAUCAGUCUUGUCAGCUUCCCCGGAAAGCCGUUUCCGUUAAAGAUUUUCCAUAGCUCUUGUCGGUUUAUUGUGUCGUAUGCGGCUUUCAAAUCGACCAUAAUAUGGUGUGUGCACUUUGAACUCGCGGCACUUUUGGGGGUUCUGCCACAGUGUAAAGAUUUGGUGGUAACUUCCUACAAAUCUUCGGGCCAAUGGUGACAGGCGUUGGAAGAUGACCUGAGAACACAUUGUAGGCGGUAUGCAGGACUGUGAUCACUCGAUAGUUCUCGCAGUUUAAGUUGUCGCCCUUCUUGUAGAUGGGUUUUCACUCUUUCUUUUCACUCCUCCGGUAGCUGUUACGUCUUCCAGAUCACGACGAUCAGUCGAUACAAUGAACUGGGCAAUUUUUCGGGACCCGUCUUCGUCGUUCGUUGCACCGACCACGUCUUCUCCACUCCUUGUGGUCUCCUGCACGCCAUUCAGGUGUUCAUCGUAGUGCUGCUUGCACCUUUCGAUCAUCUCACGAUCAUCCAUCAAAAUGCCUCCAUCCUUAUCUCUACACAUUACAGCUCGUGGGACAAAGUUUUUGGUAGAAUUUUAGUGUUUCGUGUGUGCGGUGCUACUGCUCGAAUUCUUCGCAUUCCUUCUCUUCCUGGCGGCGCUUUUUCCUUGGAAGAGUUGGACUUACUGACUCUGUUUCAGUCUAUAUCGCUCCACAUUAGGCUCAACCUCUUCUGGCAGCGCAGCUUCGAGCAAUGACGCGUACUGCGCUACGACGUCGUGUUGCUUCAGUCGCCCGAGAUUAUACCGUGGCGAGCGACGGUACCGUAUGUUAUUUACAACGGAUCGUUUUUGACGUAUCUUAUCCAUCACUAGGUAGUGGUCCGAAUCGAUGUUUAUGCCUCGAUGUGCUCUGACGUCGAUAAUGUCCGAGAAGUACCGACCAUCUAUUAAAACGUGGUCGAUUUGUGUGUUUGCUCUAUUUGGUGAUCUCCAAUCUAUGGUGGAGGCUCUACUAAAAGAAGAUGCUAAGUAUGGCCAUGUUCUUGAAGGUGGUAAAGUCCAUGAGUCUGAGGCCAUUCUCUUUCCCCAGUUUAUGUGCACUGAAACGUCCAAUCACCGGUCUAUACUCUUCCUCCUUGCCAACCUAACCGUUGUAGUCCUCGAUCAUGAUCUUGACAUGUUUCAUCAUCGCCUUCGCUUCCCAGUAUACCUCCUGCAGCGCUACGAUGUUGAACUUGCGGGUCUUCAAUUCUUAGGAAAGCACGGAGGUACUUCCUAAGAAGUUGAGAGAUUGGCAGUUCCAUGUUUCAAAUACCCAAUCGUUAGUCCGUUUUCGUUGCCUAGGUCCUGACCGAUUAUUCCGCUUUUUAUUGGUGUUGCCAUGCAAGACCAGCGACCAACCCCACUAUGUCGCAGGAGGACCAUCGCAGUGCAGUUGAAGUCGAUAAAUAGGUGGUGCGCGGAGGUUCUAUAUUCAUGGCAUUUCUGGAGUAUCUGGCGUAUGGUAAAGAUUUGGUCCGUCGUAGACCGUCCUUCCACGGAGCCAGCCUGCUAAAUUCCCACAAAUCUGUUGGAUAGCGGUGAGAGUCGGCGAAAAAUGAUUUGAGAAAUUAUUUUAUAGACGGCAUUCAGGACGGUGAUCGUACGAUAAUUCCAACAGGCCAAUUCGUCGCCUUUCUUAUAUAAAAGGGCAGAUAACCUCAUCCUUCCACUCCUCCGGUAGCUGUUCUAUAUCCCAAUCUUGCAAUCAGCCGGUGCAAACAGGAUGCCAGCUUUUCCGGGCCCAUCUUUAUAAGCUACGCACCGAGGCAAUCCUUCCUAGCCAAUUUAUUGUUUUUCAGCUGCUUCAUGGAAUCCUCAACUUCGCCUAUCGUUGGGGGUGGAACAACUUCUACGUUUGUCGUACCGACCGGAUCGCUUUCUCCGUCGCCAUAGUCCUCUGCCUGGGCGUCAUUCAGGUGUUCAUCGAAGUGUGGCCUCCACCUUUCAGACACCACACGAUCGUCCGUCAGAACACUAUUAUUUUUAUACCGGAACAUUUCGGCUCGUUUGACGAAGCCUCUGCGGGAUGCAUUGAGUUUCUGGUAGAACUUUCACUGUUUCUUCCGAAAGAUUUAGGUUCGCUGCUUAUUUUUCUGCCGGUGACUUGCUACAUUCUCACGAGUGGCACUGCGCAUCUCAUCGUCAUCCCUUCUACAUCAUCCCUCUUACAUUCGUCGACGAACCACUCGUUUCGUUGGGUUCGUCCCACAUUCACAUGUUGAUGGCUGUUUUGAUGGUUUUCCAAGUUGGAACUUCCAACAGUCCUCGAGAGGAGCUUCCUCCAGCUGGUCCUCUUCCGGCAGUGCAGCUUCGGGCGAAUGCACGUAGUUUACAACGACGUUAGGCGGCUUCAGUCACGCGAGAUGGCGGGCAUCGUACCGAAUGUUGUUAUCAACGGAGAGUUUUGGGCGCAUCUUAACCAUCACCAGGUAGUGGUCCGUGUUGACGUUAGCACUCCUAUAGGAUGUGACGUCGAUGAUGUCUAAGAAUUGCCGACAAUCAAUUAGAUCAUGGUCUGUGGAUCUGUGUUUCUGCUUCAUUUGAUGACCUCCAGGUGUACUUGUGUAGGGGGUUGUACUGGAAGCUGGUACUACGCACGCCCAUGUUCUUUGAGGCGAGAAAGUCGAUAAGUCUUUAGCCCAUUCCAUUGGUCAGCUGGUGCGCGCUGAG